AUGGAGAAAAGGGCUCGGCCGAUUGCACAAGAAGGAGAAGUGGCCGCAACCGAAUCCGGUUUAUUUCCUUGUGCCGCCGUCUUGUCGUGUACGACGGCGUACUACAUGUGUGAAAACGGGGACGACGACAAGCACGCAGUGAGACAGCGUGCCGUUUCGAACAGUCAACGUCGGAUUUUGGAGGGGACACACAUAUCCGAAAAAACGCGCCAAAGACGGCAUUUGGAAUUUCGAGUUCAGCCAUCGUGA